CCCUGUGCCGACGUUAAGGUUGUGAGUCUCGGAGACGGGUAGAGGAAAAAAAAUGCAUAUUACUACAGUUAUUAGCGCUUGUAGUUUAAUAGUUAUAUUUAUAUGCGCACUGCUGACUAUAGGCUCCCGAUUCCUUUCGUGGUAUUUGUCGAGACAUCUACGAAUUCGAUACGGCCUCAAGCUUAAAAUUGGAAGCAUUGGUUUCUUCACUGUUCAAGGGCUCUACCUGCAACUUUCAGAUGGCACCACUUUGGAAGUCGAGAAGAUAUGGCUCUCCAGUAACUUAUUCUGCAAAAGAUACUGUUCCUUCCUGGUGGUAUGCCUGGGGGACGUUCGACUCCAAGUUCACCUAAGCAAGCUCCUUGAAAGCAAUCCCAUGCACAAGGUUCCUCCUGACAAAUAUGUCUCUGUCGCCCCUAAGAGGAUCCAGCUGUCGCGCCGGCUGACAUCGAUUGUUAAGGGUGCCUCGAUUCACAUCUUCAACGUGAGCGUCAUGCAGCUGGGCUCUCCCUCCUUGGACUGUCUUCUCCACACGACUGCGCAGGAGUUGGCAUUGCAUUUUCUUGCACAAGGAAGCAAAUGCCGGGCAAGCUUGAAUGUAACCUCAGCUGUUGUUCGCAUCUUUCAACAUCCGCAGGACACAAAUGAUUCCUGUCUAGCUAAUGUGUCUGUGAAUGUUGAAAGCAGUGUAACUCUCUCGUCUAAGAACAUCAGACACGUGCAUGCCAUCACCCUGUGUAUCCGUCAGCCGGAAGUAACGCUGUACGAUGGCUUUUCAGCUGAAAAGUUACUGGAGUCAUUUGUGCCGAAAGGGGCAUUCAGACGUCCAUCACAAGAUUUGGAGCUGGCACAUCUGGUUAACAAAGAAAGUGAACAUGCUGACAGCACCUCACAGAAUAAAUUGCAGUCAUUGCUGGACAUCUGCCCAGAGAAGGCAUCCAUUACGAUAGAGUCGUCGACGAUAAAAGUCUUGAGGGAAAACUGGCAGAGAGGCCUGUGCCUGGAGAUGCAGAGCAUAUCAGGGGAACUUCUCAAGGGGGACCUCUGUAGUUUGUCCCUGAGCCUUGGGAAUAUGGCUGUGACCAGUGACCAUUCCAAGGUUUUGGCUCUCAACGUCGCUGAUUUCAAAUGCAAGUUGCAAGAGAAACAUGCUGAUGUCAACAUGCGUUUGACAUCAUUCCACAUCGCAUACUGCGAGGAAGACUAUUGGCUCCGACUUCUUCCCUCUAGGGAUAGCCAGCAACCUUCAAAGUCCCCAACAAAGGGCAUCUCCCAGUGGCUGCUCCCUUUAGUAGUGCAUGCCACGGCAGAACUGGAAGACGUGUCUGGCUCUGCCAAGACAUUGGACUGUGGUCAAUUUAGUGUGGGCCUUGUUCACGCACGCUUCACAGCUGAUGCAGGAAUGGGAUGCCACGAAGGAGGCAUUGGUGAUAUGGACAUCAGUUCUGAACUGAUGCUGGAGACAGUAUGGUGCACGAUGGGAACUUGUGAGCUAGCCAAAGUCCAGCAACUCAAACGCUUCCACUUUUGGAAUGUCCCGCUCUCAGCAGGGAUGAUGUUGCUCAAAGUUAGUCUCACAGCACACGAUAUUCGUAUCCAGUGCAUGUUAUGCAGCGUUCACUGGGAGAUCAACUCCCAGUUGGCUGACCUUCUGGCCAAGUAUAGGCUCAAGCCUCGAAAGGCUACUGCUGCUCAAGGUGGUACCGCUCGCGCACUAUCUCUGCAUCUCAACAUGAGCGACACUGAUGUGUUUGGCAUCACGUCGCUGAACACGGGACUAGCCGUGCGUGUCGACAGUUUAAACUUGGACUAUGGCAGUGACAGAACUGACGUCAAUGUGGAUGGAUGUGCUGUGUCGAUAGUCACUCCCAGUGGGCAGCACUAUACCUGCGUGGCUGCCUCGGAUGUGAGACUCGGAGCCGUGUACGUCAAGAAUGCUCGUCUCAACUACAAGGACAAUCAGAAGGAGGUGCAGCUCCAGUUUCAUGAAGAGGUCUCUUUGAACUGGAAUACAACAUUCCACAUGACAACACUGACACUUGUCCAGGAGAUAAAAGCCCUAAAGUCUUCACUUAAAGGCCCUGUUGAGGAAGAUGUCGGGCUGGAAACCUCAGCACCUCCAGCGAGGAGAAUUACGUACAACAUCUGCUUUCAGGGACAAAGUGAUUUUGAAUUUAUCUUGUCCCACGAUCACCGGGUUAGGUUUGCGACCUGCGAUUUAAACGUCCGUUUAAAUCCGACGGCUCGAUCUGCCAACACAGAAAUGUUAACCAUCUAUUUUGACCAUCAUCCCAUCUUUACAUUCCAGCAAGUGCAGUAUACGACCAUUCCUGCAGGACAGGUAUCGACCUUCAGUCGAAAUACUUUUAAAGACCUGUUGCUUGAACAGAACAACCUGUGGACUCUCACCAUUGACGAGAUGCACGUAGUCUUUCCUUACGGCUACAACUUUGCAGAAGCAUUCAGUGAACAGCUGGUGAACAUCGUAAAAUGGCUGAAACUGGUGCACCAAAGAACAAAGAAGCCAUUCACUGAUGCUUCUCCACUUCCCUCCGACUUUUCCAUCAAAGUUCGACUGUUAACGGUAGAAAUUGGAGACGAUCCCUUUGAGGUCAAGCUGCGUGACAAUUAUGAGCUGUUGGAAGAUGAGUACCAUGAGAGCAUCAAACGGAAGAAAGUGUUGGAUGAAAGAAUAGGACUUCGAACCACACAUCGUAUGCAUCCAGGCUUAGCAAAAGUGAGUGAAGUGUAUGCAAGUCUGACAAAGAAGAACGCCGACAUCUACAUCUUGAGGUCACGUCAGCUUUACUCUGCUGCUGAUAUGCGAACCCAUCUUGUCGUGUGGACUUUUGAGCAGCUGGACAUCCUAGCCCUGGCUGACCCAUCAUACCAUGGCACCGACAAGGUUGUCAAGGUUAUUCAACAACUAGAUCCUGAAAGCCCCUAUCCCGAGGAAGGCGUAGAAUUUUCUACCCUCUGGUGUCGUACGUUAAACGGCAGCCUAAAAACAAUGACGUGUCAGCUGCGAGAUUUUCCCCUACUGCUUGUUGACUGGCGGGACUUGAACUGGUGGGGCAUUUUGGCUGGAGCCGAGCAAGAGGCCUCCCCGAGAGCGAUAAGAUCCUCGGUAGUGGAAGUGAGCAAGCCUUGGAGCAACACAACCAUUUAUCGCAGCAUGCCAUCACUCAAGUACUACCAUGAUCUCACGUGGGAUAUGGGCAGCCUGAGACUUACAUACGGAGCGUGCUGGGAGCCUGUCGUCGCCCAGGUUAACUUGGCCAUGGAAAGCAUCAGUCGCCCGUCUGCUGACAAGAGCCCUCCUCUCGCCUGGUGGGACAAAGUGCGACUCAUCCUUCACGGACGACUCACGGUGUCCGCUCGUCAGAUAUCUAUGGUUCAGCACGUCUCGCUCAACCCAUACAAUGACACGGAACUGUUUCAAGUCUCCUGGUCCAACGCUAUCAUUGAAUGGACGAAUGGCAAAAUAGUGAUGAAGGUGAACCUCGAUGCUUAUGUGCAUACAGCCUCUCGGUACAAUGAGAGUUGCCUGCUUCACGUUCCAGACCUUAAAAUUGCUGUGAAGCUCGACUGGGCCUGUAUAGGAAACCCGUUUGACCAUCACAGUGUGAUGCCCUGUGCUCCUGACAAGAUUCCAGAGUAUUCCAGUAAUCAGGAGCAUGACAGCUACCGAGCCUUUCGGUCCCAGAACUUAAAUGUAUCUUUAUCCCUGGAAACUAAACCGGUGGCCCUGGAAACAGCAGACAGCAUUCCCACACUUCUUCUCUACAGUUCCACGCUGAAAUGGAUUGAAAACCUCAAGGCAAUUUUGGGCGGCCUCCCAAGACUGACUCGGAGAGGCCCCCUGUUUGGCAACACAAAGCCACGGAAGACUCAGCUCACUCGACACUUGCGUAGCAUACAAUUGGCAGUAUCUCUUCACAAGUUUCAAGUAUGCUUCUGGACGUCUCUAGCACGGCAGCACGGAUUUGAACUAUUAGGUGGCCGUCUGCAACUCAGCUCUGAGCACACUCUUGGGUUGGAACACAUUCAUGAUGGCCUCGCCCACAGGCCACGAGCCAUUUGGUCAGUCGCUUACAUGAACUGUGAAUUGGGGGACAGUGAAGUGUGGCUGUACAACGUCAAUGCAAAACAUCUCUCGGAAGAGACAGGCACCGAAGACACAGGGGAGGAAGAGACCCCUGAACAAGAUGUCGCCCACGAAUCUGAGAGCUCUCCCCAGCGGAGGUAUUUCCUGAGUGUGUCUCGCGUUUCCUACGGGAGGGAGACAAAGGUGCGUGCUUCAGACAGCCAAGAGGAAGAAGACACGCCAACGCAUCUACUGGCCGUGCACGGCCUCCGUGGGGCGUGGACCAAGCACAACCGAGACGUUGCUUUUGGCCUCUUUGACAGCUAUGUUGGUGCAAAGCUGCUGAGGAGAAACCUUUCCACAGAUGCACUCAGAGGAUUCUGGGUGGACUCCCAACAGCAGCCGCCCACUGAAGCCAGGCCUAGCCCAAGGUUGACGAGGAGACGUGCAUCCCCUGCAGUCUCCAUGCUGGAACAGUUGGUGUCUGAAGGAGCUGGACCACGUACCGUGUACACUGAGGAUGUGGAGGCUCCCAGUGCUGCCGAACAGCUUCACGGAAUGACCGCCUGCCAAGCCAAUGACGCGCUGCAUAAGAAUUGGCUCAUUGAGCUCGUUAACAGCCAGGUGAUGCUACGAGGCUGCGAAACAUCGGGUUAUGUGAUAGUGAGUGCAGCAAAGGCUCAGAUUCUACAGCGGGUGCAUAGUCCGGUGUGGAAAGAAAAUACGUUGGUCUCCAAGACUACUUGGGUUGGAUCCCUGGAGUGUAUGCAGUAUUAUGCGACCGUGGACGCCGGCAAGCCAGGUUUGUGGGACUCUGACGGCGUCAUGUGGCUCACGUUGGACAACAUUGAGGAGAGAGGCUGCAUGGUGAUCAGUGAUCCGCCAGACCUGGUGGGAAGUGGCCAAAGCGUCGGUGGGGUCGUCAGUAGCACGGUGGGAGGGGCCCCGGACCCUGGGGAGGCACCCUUGCAGCUGCAGCGCAUCAUUUCGCGCUGUGGUUGCCAGUUCUUCUACGCUUCUUAUGGAGAGGACGUUGAUCCGGAUAGCCUGGAAGAAGUGCCCCCUCUUGUAGAAGAGGAAGAGCCCUGGGAGCAAGAAACAGCUGUAGAUGCAUUUACUUUGAUGCACCACGACCUGGAAGUGUGCACAAAUCCACUUCAAUAUGCCAUGAUCCUAGAUCUAUUGAACAACCUAUUGCUCUACGUGGAACCACAUCGUAGAGAAGCUCUUGCCAGAUUGCAGCGGAUGAGAUUUCAACUGCAGCUUCUGUCCUCGGGCGAGGAUCAGCGGGUCCCAAUUUUACAGUUGCAGAAUCAAGUCAGGGACUUGUUGUCAAUGCAACGGCAUCUUGAACGAGAAGCCUAUAAGGUGCAAAGAAGCCUGCAUGAUAACCCUGAUGAUGAAGAUCUCAGCGGUGAUUUAAUACACCUGGAAAAGGAGAUCCAGACUUGUAAAGAGCAGUUAAACGCUACAAGCGAGGAGCUGGCUAUGAUGAUCAACUGCUACAGAGAGACCCAAGUUGCUGCUCUCAAGAAAUGUCAGCGAGCCGCAGAUCGUGACCACAAGGUGUCCGUCAUCCGAAGGGCUGAAGUGUGUUUCAAGCAUGCUCGCUGGAGACUCACCGAUGUCGACGGCCAAUUGGGCAUCGCAGACCUCGUUCUCAGCAAUUUCUUAUACUCGCGUGUGACAAACUCAAACGAUUCUAUUGAGCAUCUCUUGGAGCUGGGUUACAUUAAGGUCACCAACUUGUUACCCAACCAAGCCUACAAGGAAGUGCUCCAUCCGACAGAGUUGCAGCCCAACGUGCCAUGGGAUCGCCAGCGUGCCCUACGCAUCUUCUGUCGAGUGCGUGCCCCCGUGGGUGGAAUUUCUGUCAAGGAACACCUCGAGCUGAACCUGGUUCCCCUGACCAUUGGCCUCACUCAUGCCUUCACCACUCGCAUGAUUCGUUUCUUCUUCCCUGGCCGGGAUACUGAGAAAACGGAAGAACAGCCAGAAGAAGAGCCAAAACAGGUGGAACGACACACGAAGAAAACAAAAAGAUCUGCCACUUUGUCUAGCAAUCGUGACGACAUUGAGAAAAUGAAGGAACGGGCAGAGAAAAACCAGACGUUCCUGUACAUCAAGAUCCCGGAGGUUCCCCUGCGUGUUAGUUACAAGGGCGAGAAAGAAAAGAAUUUUGAGGACCUGCAGGAUUUUGCCCUCGUACUUCCAACCAUUGAGCUGCAUAAUCGCACGUGUACUUGGCUCGAUUUGUUGAUGCUCAUCAAGACUGAUGUGCGCAAGGUUCUCAUCCCACAGGCUAUAAAGCAGAAACUUCAAAUCAAGAGCAAUCAGGCCUCUGUUGAGGACAGUGCACAGCCUCAAGAGGAAGACAAGGCCAGGCUCCUACUUGGAGCAAAGUUGCUGGGAGGACCCGAAAAGACUGCAAAAAAGGGAUUCUUCAAAUAAGGGAAUUCAAAAGGGUAACGAUAAAGUUUAGCUUUUUAAAAGUUCUAGUUCAAGGUAGACCCUUAUUAGUCUUCUAGUUUAUUAGCGCACAGUGAUCUUUACUUGCACGCUGAAAUAGGACACCUUUUUACUCGCAAAUGUAUUUUUUAAAGAUGCACAGAAGAUUGCAAAUCACACCGAGAAUGUUGAAGAGCUUAUAUGGCCUUUGCACACCUUAAAGUGCGUGCCAAUUUUUGGUGCAAAAAAAAAAAUUAUGGGUGCCGUAUGUAUAUUAGGACUGGGAGAUACAGAGAUAAGAUAACCUGAUCUUAUCUUAUUUUUUAGUAAAACUACUAAAGAAAUGCCAAGAGACUAGCACUCAGUGUGCGCUCAAGAAAGAUUGACUUACCCUGUAAGUGACACAUAAUUGGCAUUUUGUCAUUAAUGUUUAAUUUUAAAUAUUUGCAUUUAUCUUGUAACCUGUUCACACAGCGGGUUUACGGUCUGGGGCAGAACCAGAGGUGUUCUGAAGGUACUCACUCACAUUAUCCCGUAACGAGACUGACUUUUAUGAAGGGGCCUGAUAAUUUCAGUCUCUCUGUCUUUUGACAAAUAUCUUUCUUUCUGGGCCCACAUUCCACCCGCUCCCUCCAAAAGAGCAUAUUUGGCAUGGAAGUCCGUGCUCCACAGAUCAAUGGACUAGUCUGGAUCUGCUCCUCCGUGCCUAUUUUUCUAUUGAAGGGAACAAUCCUGUAUUUACUCAGUUAUAAGCCAACUCAAGCAUAACCAUAGCCUAAUACAUCAUGUUGUCAAAAAUGGCCUAUACUCUUGUAAAUAUGCAGUGCUCUUUUUAUUGUGACUAACAGAGCCAAUGGCAUUGUUCAAAAUAGUUUAAGUGCUGGAUAUGCUACAAGUUGUUCUCGUGAAUGUAGCAUAAAUAAGCUGUGAAUAGCACUACUCUAUGUUUAGCAUAUUUCUAGACUCUCGCAAUAGUCUUGUCUGCAUAAUUUGCUCCGUUAGUUUCUGCAUGCUCUGUACAAUUUAUAAUUACUCGUUAUAGGCAAUAUAUGUGCUAGAUUUAAUAGAAUUUUCACAUAGGCUGUAUAGUAUUACAUUUAAAAUUAUUAUUAUUGUCCAAGUGCUGACGGCCCAAAGUUGAAUAUUUUUUGGGUGUGUCGUUGAAUGUGACUUUUUGUACCUUUACGUAAAAUAAAAGAUACGUAUUCUCGCAAAUUUAAUUUUCGAUAUGUCUUCUAUUUUCCCGCACCUUCGGGCCACCUAAAACAGGCACUCAAAAUACGGCUAUAACUGAUAAAACUCGCGGAAUGAAAAAUCACAGACCUACGGACGACACACCUAUUGUAUACUAGUUCACUUUAAUUAUGCCUGCAGCUGCUUGUUGCUCCAGCUAAUUGCUGCUGAUAUAUGCAACUAAUGUGCCACAGAAAGCACUGGAAGCAAGUGUGCAUUGGUGUUCGAGAGACAACUGCUAUAUAAUUAGAGCCAGAAGAAUUCGGGAAAUAUAUUUUUCUAAAUUCGGGGGGUAAAAAUCGGGUAAAUAAACAUGCGCUCAAAAUUCCUGCAGAUUCGGGCAAUAAAACUUCCAG